CUUUGUACUGAUGUGGUGAAAGGACCUGUAUGGAUGGCAGACAAGACAAUGUUUCUACAUUGCACUUCGGUACAUGUGACUGUAAUAAACCAGUUAUCAGAGCACAGUAGUGUAGUGUUUAGCUCAACAGUACCAGCCACCCCGGUUCAAUUCUCGCUGCUGUCAACAAGGAAUUUGUGCAUUCGCCCCGUGACUGCAAGGGUUUCUUCGGGUGUUCCAGUUGCCUCCCAAAGACAGCCGAGGAUUGAAUUGGUGAUUGUAAAUCAUCCUGUGAUUAGGCUAAGAUUAAAUCGGGGUAUUACUGGGUGUCCAAUCACAAAUACAAGAAAAUCCGCAGGUGCUGGAAAACCAAGCAAGGCACACAAAAUGCUGGAGGAACUCAGCAGGUCUGGCAGAAAAAGAGUACAGUAAGCGUUUAGUGCAGAGACCCAAACAUCAUCUGUACUCUUUUCCAUAAAUCAUUGGCUGGCGUGGCUGGAAGGGCCAGGGAGGCCUGUUCCGCGCUGCAUCUCAAUCAACCAAUCAUUUCCCCAGACUCCUCGACAUCGAUGAUCAAAAGUCUGGACAAGUAAUCUGUUUUAUGGAAAACUGAGGCUCCGAGAGUCAUAACCACGGUGAACGGAGUAUGUUACUGAUCAUGAGGAAUUUAAUGUCUGGGUCUAUCUGCAUGGGUUCACCCCGCAAGACUUAGGCACAUCUCGAUUCAUUCAGCAUCUCCCUCAACAUCAUGCUUAGCACCUCUGCUUCUCUUCAGAACGCAGACCACCUUACGAGUUUGGAAUCCCAUUCAUUGUCCUAAGGGUAAUCGAUCCACAGCUGCGGGCACUGAAAUCCAGGACGGAGGCGGAGGAGUACUUCUCUUCGAGAGAUUCCGCGGCUGCUGGAAGCUGAGCCCUGUAUUCGGCAGCAGCGCGUCGGAACAGGCAGACUCUUUUAACUUGAGAGGUAGAGCAGGCUGUAUGAAGUUCAUAAAUUCGAGUUCAUUUCUUGAGGCCGACACUCGUAUCUCUCCCCAAUUUAGUCCAAAAUCCUCAGGCUGUCAAUAUUGGUGGCAGAUCAACACCUCCAGACUUUAUCACCUCCUGUCAGAGUCACCUUAUGUACAGGCACUCCAGUACCCAACGUCACUUUUGGACAUACAAUCAAUCUAUGUAUAUAAGGUAUCUUAGGGACAUAGAAACAUAGAAAAGUGCAGCACAGAAACAGGACCUUCGGCCCAUCUAGUACCUGCCGAACAUUUUAUGUAUUUAUAUUUAUUAUGUUUUUUUUAAAUUAUUGUGUUCUUAUCGUAUUGUUUUUUUGUGCUCCUCAGAUCCAGUGACAGUUAUUUCAUACUUCUAUUCUGGGAAUGACAUUAAACGAUCUGGAAUCUUGAAUGCACAAUUUAAGUGCAAUGGCAUGUCUCCUUUGUUAAGGACACCCCUUUCUUUAAACAUUCCACAGGCAAAUCAGCACUGACCGGACCAGGAAAUAGAGUUUUUUCACAGUGUGCGGGGACGUUACCUAGCUGAGCCUGUUCGGUACGGGUAAGGUGUGUUUACUCGAUGUCAAAGUUUCAGUGCAGAUUCCUACCACCUUUUUUCCCUGGCGAAAACACUUCCUGGUUCGAGAUCCAAGUGCAGGGAGCGUUCUCAGUAGAAGGCCAAUGGAACGCGCACAAGGAGUCCGCUUUCUUUUAUACUGUAAAAGCUUUUACUUUACAUGUAUAUAUAUCUUUUAAAAACGACGAUUUGUUGCAAGUUGGCUGUUCUCCGAUGUGAUUUUGGCGCGCAGAUUAAAUAAACAGCAACACCAUGGGGAAUUUCAUUCGGACUCGCUGUGUCUGGCUGAAGUGCAUCUGCCCGUGUGUUUUCAAGAAGCCCAAGACCACCGAGCCGGAGUUGCCGGUGACGGCGGUCAGAAGCACUGUCACAUUCCCCCGUCCGCUGCCCGCCGAACCGGCUCAGGCGUUGUCGGUCCCCGACAGGCGCAAGAUCUACGUGGCUCUGUACGACUACUCGGCUCGCACGCCCGAGGACUUGAGCUUCGAGAUGGGCGAAAGGCUGGAGGUGAUCGAUCAGUCGCUGCACAACUGGUGGCUGGCGCGCUCGCUGAAGCGGGGGGACGACAGGCAGGGGUACAUCCCCAGCAACUACGUGGCGCUCGACCGCAGCAUAGAGGCAGAGCCAUGGUUCUUCGGAGGGAUAAAGCGUGCUGAUGCAGAGAAACUGCUGAUGAUGACGGGAAACGGACACGGUUCCUUCCUUGUCCGAGAGAGUGAAAGCAAAGUUGGUGACUUCUCACUCUCAGUUCGUGAUGGGGACGCGGUGAAACAUUAUAAAAUCAGGCAGUUGGAUGAAGGAGGCUUUUUCAUUGCACGAAGAUCAACAUUUCAAACGCUGGCCGAGCUGGUCAACAACUACAUGAUGAACCAAGAUGGCUUGUGUACCAGACUUCAGGUUCCAUGCAGGAAGGUGGACACACCGGUUACAGUUGGAUUGUCUUACAAUACUGAGGACCAUUGGGAAAUCCCUCGUAGCUCUCUGAAGCUGGUAAAGAAAUUGGGUGCAGGAACAUUUGGAGAAGUAUGGCAAGGAGUUUGGAAUGACAGAACCCCAGUUGCCGUAAAAACACUAAAGACCGGAACGAUGGCCAAAGAGGACUUCCUAAGGGAGGCGCAAUUAAUGAAAAAACUGAGACAUCCCAAGCUAAUUCAGCUGUAUGCUGUAUGCACCAUCCAAGAGCCAAUUUACAUUAUCACUGAAUUAAUGAAAAAUGGGAGCUUGCUUGACUAUUUACACAAGAACCAGGGGUUGAGCUUGACCCUAAGUGACCUACUGGAAAUGUCUGCACAGGUAGCUGCAGGAAUGGCAUUUCUGGAAGCUCAAAAUUAUAUCCAUCGAGACUUAGCUGCCAGGAAUGUUCUGGUUGGGGAGAACAACAUCUGCAAGGUAGCCGAUUUUGGACUUGCCCGAGUUUUUAUGGGAGAUGAUGAUAAUGUUUAUGAAGCAAGAGAAGGAGCAAAAUUUCCUGUAAAGUGGACUGCACCAGAAGCCAUCCAUUCAAAUAAAUUCAGCAUCAAAUCGGAUGUUUGGUCCUUUGGAAUACUGCUGUAUGAGAUUAUCACUUAUGGAAAGACGCCUUAUCCAGGAAUGACAAAUUAUCAAGUUAUCCAGGAGUUGGGGAGAGGAUACAGAAUGCCAUGCCCUGUGGAAUGCCCUUUACCACUAUAUGACAUCAUGCUGGAAUGCUGGAAACAGAAUGAUUAUGAACGACCAACAUUUGAGACCCUCCAGUGGAAGCUGGAGGACUUCUUUGACACUGAUCUUUCAGCGUACACAGACGCAAAUGUUUUUAUUAGUUAGUGUUGGCAAUUUUUCUGGUCAUUUUUCUUGUGAUAAAUUGAACUGUUUUUUAACAUUCACAUCUUGACAUCUGUAAUAUAGUUUAUUGGCUUAGAUUUAGGCUGGUAUGUGUGUAUGUCAUGCCACAGUGAGUACAUGCACUAGCCUACAGGCUAUAAUGAAUUCUAUCUCAUUGAACUUAACUUGCACAUCGUUUUAUACAGAGAGGGAGAGAUACAGCACAUUAGCAGGCCCUUCUGGCCCAAAAAGCCCGCAUCGUCCAAUUACACUCAAAAGACCAAUUAAGCUACUAGCCUGUACAUCCUUUGGAAUGUGGGAGGAAACCAGACCACCCGGAGGAAACACAUACGGUCAUGGGGAGAACGUACAAACUCCUUACAGACAGUGGUAGGAAUUGAACCCUAGCCUUACGGUUGACAGUGUAAAGUGAUUGUGCUGACCGCUACGCUACCAUGUCACGUUUUUUGAAGGAAGCAUAUCAAACCUUGUUGCUUUCAUAAGUAGCUGGACUGAUGUCACUGAAGUGGACUGUAUGAAAUGAAGAGGCCCAUCAGUACUUCAUGGACUGGGAAGGAAAGGAUCUCAGUCUGAAAUAUGCUGAGAUAAAGCAUAUUCUCAGAUGUCUGGUGAGAACCAGCUGCAGUGUUCUCUCCAACAGCCCAUCUAUUCUUCAACAUGACAAUGCUCUUGUGGGCCACUUUUCACCCCUAGCCACGAGAGUGGGGUGAGAGGCAGUGUUUCAGAAUGAUAUGGCAGGAAUAAUAGACAAAUUGUUUAUGAGCUAUGUUAUUUCUGGAGAUAUUCUUAAAAAGUCCUGUUUUGACACCAACAUCUGAACUGGACGAAUAUAGAUUUUCUUCAUACCAGUCCUAGAAUGCAAAGUCAGCUCCAGUGGGCUGGGCAGAUGAGACCUACAGUGAGAUGCAAUGGCCAGAAAGGAAGUUCUGCAAUGCUACAUGGAGAGCGAAGGGCACGACAAGGCACAGAAGAUUUCAUGGUCACCCACUGCAUCAAAGGAAGCCCCCAGUUCGUGAUUCUUGCUUGUGCCAUUGGUCCCGGACCUCUGAAGUUGUGAGAAUGGAAAUGCCCUGUGCAAUGGCUUUUCCACUUUAAAAACUCUCCCACAGUGGUGUCCUGCCAUCGUUGGACACGAUGGACAGCCACCAUUGACUGCACUGGAAAAGAAAAUCAAGUCGGGCAGAUAAAGGAUACCCAAAUGCUCUUUUUUUGCUGCCCCACCAAAUAUUUACGAAAAAGAAAACAAUUUGCAUUUACUACGAUAUAGUGCAUAUUUAAGGCACAAUUAUUCAAUCCCGCUCAAUUUCAUUCUUAUGGUUUUAGCCAAAUUUUAUUAGGCUCUCUCUGAAUCAUCUCAAGUUUUACCAUCUGCGGGGAAAACAAGACUCAUACAUAAUUUUAGUGAGUGUCAUAACUAGGUAUAUAGUUAUCAGAAGAGAAAAUACUGACUGACAUUUGUCCUUCAUUGUUUAUCUGUCAACAGAUUUUGAUUCAUAUCUCCUUCAAUGAUUAGUGCUCUUUUUUGCUGUGUAAAUACAGAAACAUUUGGUAAUAAUGGUCAUUUAACUAAAACAUCAACAUCAGGUAAUUACAGAAUCCAAUUCUAUUACAAUUGGUGUAGUAUUGAAAGUGCCUCCAAAGAAUGUAUAUAAUUUUACAUGAUAGAAUUAUUUGCAGAUAAGUGUAUUUUUUAUUGUGUGAUUUGCAAUGUAUAUAUAGGUAAACAUAUAUGAUGAAAAUUAAGAUGUUAGCAAUCAUAUCCCUUAUAAGUUUUAAAGAGAAAAUUAUUUAAACUUCCUCUCUUUUUCAGGUUGCAUUUUAAAAUCUCUGGGUUAGUACCAAAAUCUACUCCAACCCCCGAUUCAAAAUUUCUGGUUUAUUGCUUGAUGAAGAAAAUGGUUCAAUUGUUCAAUAGUUCCAUUUAAUAUCAGAGAAUGUAUUCAGUCUAAAUAUACACAUUGAUCUGGCCUCCACACCAUUUGUGGCAAUGAAUUAGACAGAUUAACCCACCCACUGGCUAAAGAAGUUCCUCUUCAUGGAUGUCCUUGUACUCUGAGACUGUGUCCUAUGGUCUUAGAUUCUCCCACUAAUGGAAACAUCCUCUCUACUUCAACUCUAUCUGGGCCUUUUAAUAUUUGGUCAAUUUCAACUAGAUCUUUCUUCGUUCUUCCAAACUUCAGUGAGUACAGGCCCAGAUGAUCAAACACUUUCAUAUCUGAGAUCAUUCUUGUGAAUAUCCUCUGGACCUUGUCCAAUUCCAGCUCACUUUUUCCUAGAUAUGGGGACCCAAACCACUCAGAAUAUUUCAAAUGUGGUCUGAUGAACACCUUAUAAAACUUAUGGCUUUAAUAUUUCAGUUUUCUUUGACUCAUCAGUCCUAAUGAAGAGUCUUGGCCCAAAGAGUCAGCUCUCUAUUCCUCUCAUAGGUGCUGCCUGACCCGAUGAGUUCCUGCAGCAUUUUGUGCGUGUUAAUGCCAAUUUAAAUUUAGAUUUUUUUCUGAUAAAUAAAAGGUGUAACUGUCAUGAUUUUCUUUUUUAUCUUUUGAUUAAUUCGCAGCUUUAGCUGCUUUCUAGUGGUUACAGUGCCAAAUAAUAGACCAAACUAAACCAUGAUGAAAUGGUAGAGCAGACUCGAUGGGCCAAAUAGCCUAACUCUGGUCUUAUAUCCUAUGGUCUUAUGGUCAAACUCAGCUGCUGAAACAGGAGUCUUAGGCUCCAUGUUUCUGGCAACUGAACUUCAAAUUUGAUUGAGUGCAGUUCCAAAUUAUCGUCCCAGGACAAGUAGGGCGGAUUGGACAAUGUAAUGUGCUGCGCUGGGGGUUCAUACAUACACAUUACAGAAUCGGGUGAAAAUUUAUUUGAUUACUUUUGGCAAUAUGAACUGAAAAAUAAUCUUCCUUAAGGCAUGGUAGCGGUAAUGAACUCUACAUGUAUACACUUGCCAACAUGAAGAUCUGACGGAUGAUUGAUAGCCGUGACUUUCAGACUUAUCCUUCAGAUAUCCCACUUCUAAUUAGUUUAGCAAGACUGUACUCUCAUGUGUCCAAUAUUACUUGAAUAAUACAUUAGUCUCUUUUUCAUAUACUGUCAGAGUUUUGGUAAAAGGAAAAUUGCUAAAUUAGCUAUUUGAUUCAUUGAACAGUAAAUUAUAUUUCUUUGCAGGUAAGAUUGAAUAUUCAAAUAGUAAUAUUGUACACUGAUUGUACUACAGAAUGCUUAUGGCAAAAUUUAAUCAUGUCAAAUUAUAAGUAAGGAACUGCUCCAUAAAUUUAUCAGGCCCCAAGAUUACCCUAUAGGAUUGAAGUGUAUGAAAACUUAAUAUGUUCAUCCAUUUUAAAUUCCUUUAUCAGCUAUUUCAGAAGAGUUGUGUAAUUUAAAUGGGUUAAUGUGGUCCAAUAAAUAGCAGAGAUAACUUGAAAAAGCAUAUGCCACAUUUUAACAACAGAGUCAAGAUUAAUGGAAAGAUCUUUUAACACAUUGAGAAUAUUAAUGUUGAUCAGCAGCUCAUAAUACAGUUAUUUAAUGAUUUUACUGUUUCUUUCACCUUAACCAAUUAGCUGACACGUUAUUUAGCAUUCAUUGGCUGUGUGGAUCAAUUAUGUUAAUACAAUUUAAUCAUGCUUCACAAUUUGUUAAAAAAACUCUUUGGCAAUGAUAGAUUCAUUUUUUUUGUUUAGAAUUGAAGUCCCAGUGAAUUUUGUACUCUGGCAUGUGUUCCUGGAGAUUUGUUUAUUUUUUAAUAAUAUAUUUUUAAAAAUCUGACAAUAACAUAUGCUAAUGAUGAACAUAUACUUCAAAUGAAAAUCUUGUAAUAUUUCUAUUUUCUGUCAAUAAUAAAAAUGUGUUUUUUUUG